AUGUCCACCAAUCCCAACAGGACGGUUUACGGGCAACCAGUAACAAUUGGAAUACAGGAAAUAAAGCUUCUAUAUGUUCUCGAUAUCCAGGCAGUUCUAAUGGACAAAAGGCCCAUUAGUAACAGAUUUGGAAAAAAGUUCAGACAACGGCAUAGCGGCAAAAGACAGCAUAGCUGCAAAAGGCGCACAGAUGCACAGGCAGAAAUCCAGGCCCUCCAGCUUAUGAAUCACAAAUAUGAUGCCGAAAAUUCUUUUAUGUGUCAACGAAGAAAACUUCCAUCCAUUGGUGUCACGAAUAAAGACCUGACAGGAGAUAAAAUAUUGGUACUGAGAGACGUAAAAUGGAAAGGGAAGGUAUAA